AUGCUCAGCACCAAAUGUGUGGCACGCGCAACCCUACGAACGCCUCGUACCCCGCGACUAUGUAGGAACAUAGCGACCAGACCCCCGCCAUCCCAGGUCCAGACAGCAGCCCAUCCUUAUGCACAGCGACGACAACAGCACUUCGUCCGAUCCAUAGCCGCCGUCGGCGCGCUCUGGGCCACCGCCACGGCAUGGCAAUGGUGCAAUGAGGAGUCGAUUAUACGAGAUGCGCACGCUGAAGAGCAAGAGGAACCUGAGAUCAAGUUCGAAGCGCCACGGCGGCGGGCAACAUCGAGUGACGACAACAGAAACAUCAUCAGUUCACAGCACCUUCAGGUGAUAAAGAGCUGGGAGAACCCUGGAGUUUACACAUGGGGCUCAAAUGCGGGCAAGGUCGUGGCACCGGACUCAGACGAGAAAUACAUAAAGACACCAAGACGCUUGACUUUCUUUGACGGAAAGUUGUUGAGAGAUAUCAAACUGGACAGAAAUUUCGGCGCAGCCAUUGACGAGAAGGGCGAUCUUCUACAAUGGGGCACCGCCUUCGCCAACGACAUCAAAGAGCCUACCAAGACUCUGACGGGCCACAACCUUAUCUCACUGGCCAUCUCGCGCGAUCGGAUUAUUGGCCUCUCGAAAAGUGGCUCCGUAUACUCGAUACCCGUCUCACAGGCAGAGCAAAAGGAAGGUCCAAAGCCGCCAUCUGGGUCCUGGAUCCCCUUCUGGGGCUCCAACAACAUUUCAUACCGCAAGCGCACGCCUGAGAACUUGGGAUGGAACGAGCGCGUUACGAACAUCGCUUCUGGUCUAGAGCACGCGCUCAUGCUCACGUCCUCCGGUCGCGUCUUCUCUUUCGCAUCAGGCUCACAAGACUUCCCCAGCAAAGGCCAAAUGGGUAUACCCGGUCUGACAUGGGAGAGCCGACCGCCUGGCGCAUUCGACAUUCCUCACGAGAUCACUACACUAAAAGGCUUUCCUGUCCAGAAGAUAGCUACUGGUGACUACCAUAGCUUAGUCUGCGAUUCUGAAGGACGCGCCUUUACUUUUGGUGACAACACCUCCGGUCAAUUGGGUUUCCCGUACAAUGCUGAAGCACAAAGUGUUGAUGCUCCAUCUCUGCUCCCAACACAAAAGCUCUACUCUGGGCAGCUAGGCAAGGUGACGAACGUCUUCGCUGGCGGUAACACGUCCUUUCUUGCUGUCGAAGCGACCAAGGGCAACAAGACCACUGCAGAUACCUGGGCCUUCGGCUUUGGUUUGACAGGCCAACUAGGUGUUGGUCGAUGGGUGCACACACAGGCCGACCCCGUCAAGGUCCCCGCAUUCUCCGGUCUCUUCGAAUGGGAUGAAGCCAAGAACACAGCAAUCCCCAUUCGCCUGUCCACCAUCUCCGUCGGCGCAACACAUGCCGCCGCCGUCCUCGACAACGUCGCCAGUGUCGCCGUAUCCGGCCGAUCGAGAAAGCUCACAGACAACGAUACAAAUUGGGGUCGCGAUAUCUUAUUCUGGGGUAACAAUGAGUUCUACCAGAUUGGUAGUGGAAAGCGAAGCAACCUAGCCACACCAACAUACAUUCAACCACUUGACCAAGCCGCCGAGCUAGAACGUGCUGCGUCUGCUGGUGGGUUCGGAAAACAACUAAGAGAGAAGGAGAUGCAUCGUUUCCAAAUCACACCAAGGAACAAGGUCAAGGUCAAUGGUCGGACAGUCGAGUUUGAGCAAAAGGUGGAGUGUGGACGGGGAUGCACGGCUGUUUACUCUGCUGUUUGA